AUGCUGCCUGGAAAGUUUCUGUGGGCCCGUGCAGCUACGGGUCCUUUUCGCGUCACCAGGCUGGAGCUCUUAACGCGAUUCUUCUGCUCCAAGCGCGUCGAGGUUCCCCAGGGUCCUCCUACAACCUUCAUGUCUGCUCUUCCCCGCCUUCUGAACAGUUCAAUCGGUCAAAGAAACGUACUUGGGUCAGCGUUUCAUACCAGCUUUCGACUCUUCACUAUCUACACUCGACCAGCCAUCACAAUGGCGCCAAAGCAGGCGACGCUGGGAAAGUUCUUCGGAGCGAAAGGAUCCAAGCCCGAACCCCAGCAGAGCAAGCUGAGCUUCGCCACCAAGACAGCCCCGAAGAAGGAGGUUAAGAAGGAGGUCGAAGAGGAGGUCGAUGCAGACAAAGAUGCCGCUGAGACACGGGCAUCUCCUAGCAAGCCGCGGAAACGUACCAGAAGCCCGAGUCCCGCCGUACAAGCAUCGAGCCCGAAGGUCAAGAAUGAGAUUGUGGAAGAGGAUGAGGACGAUGAGCCUGCCACAAAGAGACCGCGCAGAGGCCGCAAACGUGUAAUUGAGGACGAGGACGAAGAUGAAGUGAUGGACGAAGCUCCUAGCAAGUCCCGAUCAAAAUCACCAAAGACCUCCCAGGCCAGAAAGAACGGCACAGAGAAGCCUGUAAAGGCCGCAAACGCAUCCAAGACUGCCCAACCGAAGAAAAGCGCCAAGUCUCCUACACCUGUCGUGGAGGACGAUAAGGAGGAUGCAACGGAGUCUGCGUCAGAAGACGACGUAGUUGAAGACGACGAAGAGGAGGCCAAGCCUACGGCAGCGAAGAAGAAGAAGGCCUUGGAAAAGGUGCAGAUGAAACUGAAGACCCAAACAAAGGACCCAUAUCCCGACUGGAAGGCGGGCGAACCAGUUCCCUAUGCCGCGCUCUGUACCACCUUUUCUCUGAUCGAGCUCACGACCAAGCGGCUCGAGAUUAUGGCACACUGUUCGCUAUUCCUCCGACAGGUUCUGCGUCUGACCCCCGACGAUCUUCUUCCCACUAUUCUGCUCAUGAUCAACAAGCUGGCUCCUGACUAUGCCGGUAUUGAGCUGGGCAUUGGUGAGUCGCUCAUCAUGAAGUCCAUUGGUGAAUCCACGGGACGAAGCCUCGCAGUCAUCAAGCAAGACCAGAAGGAGAUUGGAGAUCUCGGCCUCGUUGCCGUCAAGAGUAGAUCAACACAGCCAACCAUGUUCAAGCCCAAAGCUUUGACGAUACAGGGAGUUCACAAGGGUCUCAUGGGCAUCGCCACUGUUUCUGGCAAUGGUGCCCAGGGCCGUAAGGUUGACGCCAUCAAGAAAUUACUAUCAGCAGCCGAUUCCCAUUCCUCCGGAAAGGUGGAUAUCACGAAGGACAAAGGCGGUCCCAGCGAAGCCAAGUAUCUUGUCCGAUUCCUCGAGGGUAAACUUCGAUUGGGACUGGCAGAGAGGUCUGUUCUGGUGUCUUUGGCUCAAGCUGUGGUCUUCCACGAGGCCGACGCCAAAGGUCAGGUACCCAAGACGACAGACGUGGAACAGGCUGAGGCCGUUCUCAAGACGGUCUACAGUGAACUUCCGAGUUACGAUGUCAUCAUCCCCGCCAUGGUAGAACACGGCAUCAUGCAUCUGCGCGAGCAUUGCAAGCUGAAGCCCGGCGUGCCCCUGAAGCCAAUGUUGGCAAAACCAACGAAAGCUAUCACUGAAGUUCUGGACCGCUUCGAGGACCAGACCUUCACAUGUGAAUACAAGUACGACGGCGAACGAGCGCAGAUCCAUUACGUUGCGAAAUCCGCGGAUGAGGAGAUUAGUCAAUCUUUGCCAGGGGCUACGACCGCUGCGGCAAAUGGUGUUGCUGCCAUCUUUUCCCGUAACUCUGAAGAUCUCUCCAAAAAGUAUCCCGAUAUCCUUACCAAAUUGCACACUUGGGUCAAGGAGGAUACGAAGAGCUUCGUCCUUGACUGUGAGACAGUUGCGUGGGAUGUUGACGAGAAGAAAGUCCUUCCUUUCCAGCAGCUGAUGACGCGAAAGAAGAAGGAUGUCAAAAUCGAAGAUGUCAAGGUGAAGGUCUGCGUUUUUGCUUUCGAUCUCCUUUAUCUCAACGGCGAGGCCAUUGUUGAGAAGUCGCUCAGGGAGCGUCGCGAGCUCCUGCUGAAUGCCUUUGCGCCAGUAGAGGGUGAAUUUGCCCUUGCUACGCAUAUGGAUGGACAGGAGUUGGAGCAGAUCCAAGUGUUCCUCGACGAGAGUGUCAAGGCGUCUUGCGAAGGUCUGAUGGUGAAGAUGUUGGACGGCUCGGAGAGCGGGUAUGAGCCCAGCAAGAGGAGCCGAAACUGGCUCAAGAUCAAAAAGGAUUACUUAAGCGGCAUCGGCGACUCGCUUGAUCUCGUAGUAUUGGGUGCAUAUUACGGCAAAGGCAAGCGUACAUCUGUCUACGGUGCCUUCCUCUUGGCCUGCUACAACCCGUCGUCUGAUUCGUAUGAAACCGUCUGCAAUAUCGGCACGGGAUUCUCCGAGGCCGUCCUCGAGGAACUGCACAAGCAGCUCUCGGACAUUGUCAUUGACCGGCCAAAGCCGUUUUACGCACAUUCCUCGGGCGGGCAACAUCAGCCCGACGUGUGGUUCGAGCCUCGUUACGUCUGGGAGGUCAAGACGGCCGAUUUGACGCUCAGCCCGCGCUACAAGGCCGGGUGCAAAGAAGGUGUCGACCCCGGCGGUGAGAAGGGAAUCAGUCUGCGAUUCCCGCGCUUCAUCAAAGUGCGCGACGACAAGAAGGCCGACGAGGCCACGUCCAGUCGCCAGGUGGCUGAGAUGUAUCGCAAGCAGGAGAGCGUGACCAAGAGCAAGGGCCCUGCGGUGGAUGAUGAUUUCGAGUAUUAA